CGGGCCUGGUGGUGGCGGCGGCGGCGGGGCCGGGCCGGGCCCGGCGGGCGGAGGAGGCGGCGGCGGGGCCGGGCCCGGCAUUAACGGUCAUGGAAUUCCCUUUCGAUCUAACACCGGUGCUGGGCGACCGCUUCUGCGUGGUGGACCAACACCUACGGCCCGCUGGUCGCCGCGGGCCUACCCACCGGGGGGACCUGGAGCAGCAGCUGAGGACGGUCAUCGAUGAGCUGGGCAAGGCCUCGGCCAAGGCUCAGGGUCUCCCGGCCCCCGUCACCAGCGCCGCACGCAUGGAGGCCAACCGCCACGUCCUCUACAUCCUCCGCGACGCCGACGGCCGGGGGACCCCCAAAGGCGCCAUCGUCGGCUUCCUCAAGGUGGGCUACAAGAAGCUCUUCCUCCUGGACCGUAAUGGUGCCCAUAACGAAGCAGAGCCGCUUUGCGUUCUGGAUUUUUAUAUCCACGAGUCGUUGCAGCGACACGGUUACGGGCGGGAGCUGUUCCAGCACAUGCUGCAGAGCGAGAGGGUGGAUCCCUGGCGUUUGGCCAUCGACCGACCCUCCGAGAAGCUCCUGGCUUUUCUCCGCAAACACUACGGCCUCACCGACGCCAUCCCGCAGGUGAACAACUUCGUCAUCUUUGAGGGUUUCUUCUCCAACCGACCGGCCCCCCCCCGCCGCCCGCCCCCCAAGCGCCCCGAGGAGGAGAUCAAGCCCUACUCGCUGUCGGAGCGCGACUUCCUACGGGAAGAGGCGGAGCCUCCUUGGCCCUUCAACUUGACCUCGGGCCGGGCGGGGGGCUCGCCGGUUCGUGGCAGCCUGCGGCCGUUCCUGCCGCGCCGGGACACGCCGGACGGACAGCCGGACGGCCGGACAGACGCCCCCCAGCACCGCCGCGCCAGCUCCCUCGGGCGCGUCGGCCGCUGAGCCCCACGGCAGCUCUCCCCGCGGCGGGGCCGUGGGGGGUUCGGCGCCUGGUUUUGGGGGUACGGGGACGUGGGGUGCCUGGUCCUGCCCCACGGGUGCCCCCUUCCUGCCCCGUAGCUCCCAGUGGGUGCCACUUCCUGCCCCAUAGCCCCUAUGGGUGCCUGUCCCCACCCCUCAGCCCCUGUGGGCGCCCGUCCUCACCCCAUGGGUGCCCAUCCCUGCCCCACAGCCUCACUGGGGGGUCCCACUCCUGCCCCACAGCACCCAUGGGUGCCCGUCCUCACCCCAUAACCCCUGUGGGAGCCCGUCCCUGCCCCACAGCCCCACUGGGGGGGUCCCCCUCCUGCCCCACAGCAUCCACGUGUGCCCGUCCCCACCCCACAGCACCCGUGGGUGCCCGUCCUCACCCCAUAACCCCUGUGGGAGCCCGUCUCUGCCCUGUGGGUGCCUGUCCCCACCCCACAGCCCCUGUGGGUGCCCAUCCCUGCCUGACAGCCCCACUGGGGGGGGUCCCACUCCUGCCCCACAGCACCCACGGGUGCCCAUCCCUGCCCCACAGCCCCCAUAGGUGCUCAUCCCCCCCCCCCCCGCCCAACCCCCGUGGGUGCGUGUCCCUGCCUCAUCCCCCCCCCCCCAGGUGGCCUUCCCCUUCCCCUCCCCUUUUUGGGUACAUUUCAAUAAAAACGGUGACUCUCA